GUGGAUUCGUGCCUGUGCGUUUGUGCUACUUAUGCUGAGGGGAGUGCUGUGGGUGGGGGAAAGCUUGAUGUUUGGGUGAUGAAAGAGUACGGGAAUGAGGAUUCAUGGUGCAUUCUCCAUUCUGUAGUUGAUAAUCCUGUCUUCGAUCAACCUCCUCAAGUGGUUCGAUGUUUGGGAAUGUUGGAUGGCCAGAUUCUAAUGCUGGUAAAUGGUAGUGGGCUUACCUGGGUUGAUCCAAGGAAUGGGAGGGUUGAGGUUGUUCCCAUUCCUGGUUUUACUAAUGCGUCGAAAUUCGAAGCAGUUCUCUGCUUAGAAAGUCAAGUCAAAACCUUCACGGCCGAGGAUUAUGAGACACGUGACGAUGACAUAAGGACCGAGACCUCUGAAGCAGAAUCGUCGGAGGAAUGAUGACAGCAUCGAUCAUUCUGAUAUUUGGUUGCAGAAUUUUAAGCACUAGUGCACAGUAGACGUUGGCAGGUGCAUGCAGUAUGGCAGACGUCUGAGUUCUUCACUGUUUUUUUUUUUGUUUUGCUCGUUUUUCUAAGUUCUUCAUUGUUAAAUUGGACAUGCUAUGCUAUGCAUUGAGUUGUCUUUUGAUGAAAGAAAUAAGGGUAAAUAACUUAGUUUGGUCGCGACAGUUUUUGCCC